AUGUUUGACCACCAGAUCGACACCGUCGACCGCUUCGUCAAGCACCGCAAGCGCGCCCCGCAGGUCGUCGCCGCCGCGGCCACCAACGCGCGCGAGGUCCUCGCCGCUGCUGCUGCUGCGACCGACCCGGCCGUGCAGCUGUCGACCAUUCGCGGCCACAUCUCUCUCGUCACGGACGGCACCUCGCGCGGCAGGACCUUUAUCAGCCCGACCGUCGUCACCGUGACCGACACGGCUGCCGCCGCCGCCGCCACCACGGCGGUCGCCGAGGACCCGACCACGACGGCUCGUACGACCGCCGUCCGGGCUACGACGACCACGGCACCAGCGGCGAGGACGACGGCCGCUCGCGCCGCCGCAAGCUCUUCGUCUUCGGCCGCACCCGUCGCCAACUCGCCCGCGUCCUCUAACGCCGCCGUCGCUUCGGGCUCGUCCUCGGCGGCGCGCCCGACCGGCUCGUCGACCUCGAACGCGGCCAACGGCUCGGCCUCGUCCAAGGACGACUCGUCGAGCGGCAUCUCGGGCGGCGCCGUCGCGGGCAUCGUCAUCGCGCUCCUCCUCGUCGCAGCCCUCGUCGCCGGCUUCUUCCUGUGGCGCCGCAAGCGCAACGCGCGCCUCGCACGCGGGUCCGGCACGGGCCUCAUCGGCGGUCGGUCGCCCGACAUGGCCGGCGCCGGUGCGGGCGCGGGCGCGUACAAGAAGCAGCACGAGACGGGCGACUCGGAGCUGUUCGCCAACUCGUCGGCGAGCCCGAUGUGGAACGCGUCGGCCAACAACGGCGGCGGCGAGAAGCCUCACGACGACUACGGCGCCGGCUCGACCUCGUCGUGGCCUCCUCCGCCGCCGCAGAGCCAGCAGGGCCAGCGCGACUCGUUCGUCGCGCCGUCGUUCACGUCGUACCCGGCGUCGUCGGCGGCGGCCGCAGGCGGCCAAGGGUGGCCCAACUCGACCGCCAACCUCCUCGGCGCGGCCGGUGUCGGCACGGCGGCGGCGGCAGGCGGCGAGCGGUCCAUGUCGCCGUUCGCCGACCCGCACCACGAGUCGAUCGAGCAGCGCGAGAUGCAGCAGGAGCUCGAGGACCAGCGCCAGGCGCAGGCCGCAGCGGCUGCUGCUGCCGCCGCCGCCGCUGCCGCACCUGUCGCGGCUGCGAGCCCGUUCGGCGAGAGCGAGGGCCAGGGCGAGGUCCGGAUCGUCAAGGGCACGUUCGUGCCCAACCUCGACGACGAGCUCAUCUUCCAGCCCGGCGACUGCGUCCAGGUCUUCAUGAAGUACGACGACGGCUGGGCGCUCGGCGUCAACCUCUCGGCCGGCACGCAGUCGGUCAAGGGUGUCUUCCCGUUCGAGUGCCUCGGCGACAUCGUCGACGCGCCGUCGUCGUCGGCCGCCGCUCCCGCACCGCUCCCUGCGCCCGUCCACCCGGCGCUCCAGCCCGGCCAGCUCGCCAAGCCCGUCCCGUCGCUCCAGGUCGCGACCGGUGCCGCGCCCGUCAACCCGGCCAACGUGCCGCUCCCGCCGCCGACCCCGACCGGGCUCGAGCCCAUCUCGGAGCUGAGCGCCUCGGCGCCCGUCGUCAGCACCUCGGCGCCGCAACUCGCGCCCCUCUCGCUCGACCGCAACGACUCGCCCCUGAGCGCGUCGUUCCCGGCGCACGGUGCGCUCGCCGCCCCGGCGCAGCAGCAGUCGUCGACGUCGCUCACGGCCAAGGGCAGCAAGCGCGCGAGCUCGCUCAUCGCCAGCCGCGACGCCGACCUCUUUGUCGCGCUCGGCGAGGUGCUCGACAAGAAGGACCGCAAGGACGAGGACGCGUCGCUCAUCUGAGCGAGCCGACGACGACGACGACGACCACGACGAGACGACGCCGCCCUUUCAUGCCACGACGACGACGACGACCACGACGAGACGACGCCGCCCUUUCAUGCCACGACGAUACCCC